UUUGUCAUUUUAUUGAUUUCAUUUUUAAUAAUAGUAUUGGUUAUUAAAAAAAGCUAGACACAUGAAUACGUAUUCUUAAAUAUGUAUAAAUAACAUAAAAGUAACCUUUAUAGUUAUAAAUUUUAUAAACUUUAAAUGUGAGAUCAAUGAGCGACCACUUUGCAUGCUGCGUAAGUGUAAAUGUGUUUAAAAAAUUUCAUACAUAUGUGUGCCGAAUGGCGGAAUACGCAAGCGCACUAUGCACAUAUAGCACAUGGUGCUGGGCAGUGUUAAGUUAACAUAACUAAACAUAACCUGGAUACAAUAAACCUGACGGUGUCUGACGAUAAAUUAACCAUUCAUAAAUGUGAUAAGUUUUCUGGAAAUAGAUAAUCUUUUUAAAGAAACUGCUAAGAUGACGUUGAAAAAUUUUCCAAGAGGUGGAAAGAAACUUAAAGAGAAGAAGACUUCAGAUACGCUAUUUCAAAAGUAUGAAAAAGUUAAAAAAAAGAAUCGUGAGAAGGAGAAGACAACAAAGAAGAACGAAGAAGAAGAGAACUUUGUUGCUAACACUGCAGAACGAUUGACGUAUGCAACGAUAUCCGAGGGUUUGGUAGUACUGGGAUGUAUUUUUGAAGUAACGGAAUACGAUUUGAUAGUAUCAUUGCCAGGUGGUAUAGUAGGUCGCGUUCAAGUUACGGAUAUUAGCGACUCGUACACAAAUUUGUUACAAAGCAUAAUCAAAUCUGAAAAUGAUCAGCCAAAUGAAUUUAAACCAUUACCUGAACUGUAUUCUCGCGGGGAUUAUGUUGUAUGUUACGUAAAGACUAUACAACAUCAAGAACAGUGGCAAAUUGUAUUAUCCCUUGAUCCUCGACUAAUAAAUCAAAAUGUGAAUAUCAAUUGUUUGGAAAGUGGCUCAAAAAUAAUAUGUACUGUUAGUAGUAUAGAGGAUCAUGGAUACAUUGUAGAUUUAGGGUUAACAAAUGUAAGAGCAUUCAUACCGACCAAAGAUAUCAAUAAUAAAAAAUGCUUAGGUCUAGGUAAGCAGCUUCUAUGUCACGUAAAGGAAAUCAAAAGAAGCGAAAACACAUCAAUCAUGAAAUUGUCUACAAAAUCAGGGUUAGUUACAGCUGUGAAUGACAUUGAAAUCAAGUCAUUGGAUAAUUUGAUGCCAGGAAUUAAAUUUGAUCUGUGUAUAAAGAAGGUCCUCAUGAAUGGUUUAUAUGUUUCAUUUGGUGAAAAUAAUAUAGGCUACGUAAAUCAAGUUUACUUAAACGAUCCUUUGUCUAAAUAUUCAAAGGGAAUGGAAGUUACUGGGACGUUACUGUAUAUUUUACCAACUGUGAAAUUUGGAUAUUUCAGUUUAACAAUAGGUAAACCUAAGGAUAAUACUGUUAAACCAGGAGAUAUUAUAGAAGAAGCUACUGCCUUGUUUAGAGAAUCUGGCGGAGUUGUGUUGCAGUUAAAUAAGAGUGGAACACGGGGAUUUCUUCCUUUGAAAAGAACAAACGUUGAUUUUGAUAGAAUUAUUAAGAAGUUCGAACCUGGUACCAAACAUAAAUGUAGAGUGUUAUCUUAUUGUUGGAUGGAUGCUACCUACGUCUGUACAAUGGAAAAAUCAUUAAUGGAACAGAGAUAUUUCUCGCUUUCUGACUUCAGACCAGGUGACAUAGCGAAUGUAAAAAUUACAAAUAUCAACGUAGAAAACGGUUUUAUCAAUGUACAGGCUGGAAAGAUUAAGGGACAUGUUACAUCGGAGCACGUAUCUGACGUGGGUAUAAGUGCCCUAAAGAAAUUGAAAGUUGAUAAGGAAGUCGAAGCAAAAGUUUUAGCUGUCAAUAAUGCACAAAAUAAAGUGUAUUUCACUUUGAAGAAGUCAUUAAUCAAGAGUGAUUUACCCGUUCUUAGCGAUAUACGACAAGCGAAAUGUGGAUCAACGCAUCAUGGUACCAUCAUUCAAUUAAAACAGAAUGGGUUGUUACUAAAGUUUUUUGGUGAUGUCAAAGGCUGGCUUCCGCGUACCGCGUCAGCUGUAAAUUGGAAUUAUUCCAUUGGACAAACAGUUUUGGUAAAGAUUGAAUCGGUGGAUCAAAAAUCGAGGAAGAUGAUGCUAAGUAUACCUACUAAAGAAACGGAGGCAAAAGAAAACGCAUUUGUUAUUGGAGAACGCGUAGAAGGAACAAUUACAGAAUCAUCUACUCAAGGUGUGCACUUGAGAAUCAGUAAAGAUGAUGGACAGAUUGUUAGUACUGGGUUUUUACCAGCAGGUCAUAUGUCACCUUGUAUGGAAACUGCUGUUUUAUUAGCAUCGAAAUGUAUUCCUGGCGAUACUCUAACUGCUCUGGUGUUUGCUACGAUACCAAGCUUAAUUCUGACUAGAACAUUUUUGCCUGAAGAAAAAUAUAGGAAUUUCGAACAACUAAAAAUAGGCAAUUGUAUACCUUGUUCAAUUAGAGACAUCGAACCAACUGGCGUGAGAGUUAUUUUACCAAUUGCAGGCUGCGCUCCAUUCGGAUAUGUCUCUUACAGUAAUGUCAGUCAUUUUAAUUUAUUGUACAGACAUCAAAUUUUAUUUGCAAAAAUUAUCUCUAUUAACAAAAAAGAGAAGCAAUUAGGUUUAACACUCGCGCUAAAGAAAAUUUACGAUGGACUACCCGAUUCUAACAGUAGAAUGAUGGCAGCAGUGGAUACUUUGAGCUUGCACUUCAAUAAAUUAGCAGAACUAUCGAAAAACUCGUUUUACGAGAAUAAGCCAAUUUCUUCGGUUACGUUAGGACAAAGACUUACUGGAAAAGUCGAAAAAAUUACAUCGGACGGACUUGUGAUUCAAUUAAAAAAUAAUUUGUUAGGUAUAGUAAACAAGAAUCAUUACUCGGGAAGUUUUACUGUUGGAGAUACAGUUUCUGGAACAAUCAUGUGGAAGAAUUAUGUCCACGAACUCGUUGAAAUGACCAUGUUACCUACGAUAAUGAAAAGUAUAAGCGGGAAGCAGAACAAGCAAUUGCAGCUUCCAGCGGGAAAAGUAAUACGAGGUACAAUUUUAAUGGUGACAAACUGGUUUAUUUUAAUUGUCUUGAAAGGCCAUGGUAAAGGCUCUUUGGCAGCAAUGCCAGCUCGACGUCACAUGAACGAUAUACAGCCAGAUUUAUCACCCUUUAUCGUUCAUUCAAAAAUUAGAUGUUACAUUAUAUUGAAUGCCAACGAAUCGGAUAUUAUGCCUAUCUGUAUGGUGAAAUCUGCGUUUGAAUCAAAGUAUGACACGGUAACAAAACCAAGUAAGAACAUUUUGAAGAGAAAGGGGACACUUGAGAAAAAUGAUCAGAUGCUCGCUAAAAAGGUAAAGACAGAGGAGGUUGAGACAGAAAACGCAGUUAUUGACUGCGAUGAAAUUUCGAACGAAAUAAAAGUGAAACAGAAAAAGGGAACAAAAAUGACGAAGAUUAAAGAGGAGGAUGUGGAAUUAAUUGAAAAUAAUGUGGAGAAUCUAAACGAUAAUGCAAAUGAGGAAAAGCCAAGAAUACCGGAGUGUGGAUUCUUUUGGGAUGACAAGCCUAAUUUAGAUCUCCUUAAGAAUAAAGACUCGUCUAGCGACAGCGAAGAUGAAACAGAACAACCAAAGCAGAAGAAGAAAAAAUUGAGCGCGGCUGAACGUCGGGAACAAGAGAGACAAAAGGAACGUGAAAUUCGUCAAAGAGAAGAGGCCUUAGCCAGUAAUCAAUUGCCAAAUUCUGUUGAUCAAUUCGAUAGAUUAGUUUUGGCAAGUCCGGAUAGUUCGAUAAUUUGGUUACAGUACAUGGCGUACCAUCUGCAAACGACAGAAAUUGAGAAGGCAAGGGCAGUCGCAAGAAGAGCCACUAAAACGAUUAAUUUUAGAGAAGAGAAUGAGAGAUUAAACGUGUGGAAUGCCUGGUUAAAUUUUGAAUCGAAGUUCGGAACACCAGAAUCUUUAAAUGAUGUUUUCCAAGAGGCUGUGAGAACCAAUGAUUCGUUGAAGAUAUAUACUCACAUGUUAACUGUACAUAUCGAGGCUGGUAGACAGAUCGAAUUAGAAAAGAUAAUCAGCACCAUGCUGGGAAAAUUCAAGCAGAAUCCUCAAGUGUGGAUCGAGUGCGGCACAGGAUUAUUAAAAAUGGGUUUGAAAGAUAAAUCUAGACACACCAUGCAAAGAGCUUUACAAUCUUUACCAGCAUCCGAGCAUGUUAACUUGAUGGCAAAGUUCGCAAUUUUGGAAAACAAGUUUGGAGACAAAGAAAGAGCGCAGACCUUAUUCGAAGAAAUUCUGUGUUCCUAUCCUAAGCGUGUGGAUAUAUGGUCAUGUUACGUAGAUUCUUUAAUCAAAUCUAAUGAUAUUGAUAUCGCAAGAAAAGUACUGGAGCGAGCAGUUGUUCAGACACUACCACCAAGAAAGAUGAAGAGCAUAUUUAAAAAGUUCAUUAGCUUUGAAGAACAACAUGGUACCAGCGAAAAUGUUGCUCGUGUUCAACAGAUGGCUGUUGAAUAUGUAGAAAAACAAUGUAACAAGGAAUCUGGCGAAGCUAAUGCGAAUUAGAAUUAAAUGUUUUUUUAUACAUAUUCUUGUAAACGGCUCAACAGUUUUUAUGGAUAGAUGAGAGAAUCUAUGAAAUAUUAUAAAUUAUAGCAAAUUUCAGUUACAAGAUUAACAUUGAAACAGAAUUAAACAUACAGAAAUAAAGCAUCUACCCAUAACGAAAUAUUUUCUUUG